AUGUGGAGAAAGGGUUUAAAACUUACUGGAGAUGUCACUUUGCCUGCUUCUCCUCGAGUCAAGACUCCUGGGUCUCAACACGGAGUUGCAGGUGGAGUGAUUGAGCCACCAAACUCUUCUGGAGUCAAGACUACUAAGUCUCAACUCAAAGCUGUAUUGGAAGACAAAGUCCUACCAAAAGUCGUAUCAAAAGCCGUACCCGUACCGAACGUUGUAUCGAGAGUCGAAGGAAGAGUCGAAGGACGAGUCGAAGGAAGAGUCGAAGGGAGAGUCGAAGGGAAUUUACCAAAUGUCCUAUCAAAAGUCGUACCUGUACGGAACGUUGUAUCGAGAGUCAAAGGGAGUAGACCAAAAGUCGUACCCGUCCCAAAUGUCCUAUUGAAAGUUGUACCGGUACCGAACGUCAUACCAAGAGUUGAAGGGAGAGUCGAAGGGAAUUUACCAGAAGUCCUAUCGAAAGUUGUCCCUGUACCGAACGUUGUAUUGAGAGUUAAAGGGAGAGUCAAAGGGAAUUUACCAGAAGUCCUAUCGAAAGUCGUACCCGUACCGAACGUCGUAUCAAGAGUUGAAGGGAGAGUCAAAGGGAAUUUUGAAGCAAAAGUGGAGGGGAGACUCAAAAGGAAAUUUGAGGGAAGAGUUGAAGGAAGACUUGAAGGGAGAGUAGAAGGGGAAUCUGGAGAAGUCAGAACAACGGAAGGGAGUGUUGAAGGGACAGUCAACAGUGAAGUAAUAGGGAAACAGACCAAGCGUCGCCAGUCUCGAGCUGAGAAGGAAUAUCACAAAGAGGGUCAGAACAUGAGAAAGCGUUGGGUCAGGAAGCUAAAAGACCUCAUUCCGGUUCAUCUCAAAGCACCCAAACAUGUCUGGAUGCAGGCGCUAUACCAUCUUAAACAGAAUGACGGACAAAAUGCAGUCAGAGAAUGGGCUGAGACCCACCAAGAGUCCCUCUCCAUUUAUCGACUUGCUCCUCCACCAACUCCCUUUCUCAUUCCACUCCCUGCCAAUACCUCACACAUCCAAGUCAAGAACCUUGUCAUACAUAUUCCGGACGCUUUUUCCACAGAGGUUGAGAGGAAGAUACUAGAGGCAUGGGAUUCCGCAAAAGCAGCAAAACCUAAGGGGUAUUCCGGCUGUAAUGCACGUCACGCUUCCAAUAAGGACGAACAUACCGAUGAUAUUAUUUACCAACAAGUCCUACAUCUACUUGAAUGGAAGCGAUAUAGCAAGGAUAUUUUUACCACUCGUGAUACUAAGCAGAAGGAGGAUGAAGAAGCUAUUUAUCAGCUCCUGCUACUCUGUUCAACCAUUGCCAAGCUUCUGGGACCCCGGGCGAAAGCCUUGCUUCAGCAACUUGAUUCUGGCGCGCUAAGACCAAUCAUAGAGUGA